CGCAGUAAACCCACUUCACAUCGCAUUGCCCACAAAACUGAACCUGCGCUGGGACUGUAGAAGUUAAAAUCCUGAGCUGUGCGGCGUUUGGAGGGAUAUAAAAAUAAAGAAAAAAAGAUUACUCUUUUGUCGUUCACGGAAAAAAAGGAGACUCUGACUUCCAUGGCUGAUGUGUCUACACACUCCUCCUCAUCCUUCUCCAGGAGCAUGUCAGGUCCCCACAGUAACACUACAGGGUGCAGGUGGCGGUCCGGUCAGGCCUGAGCGUAUCCCAGCAUGCACCAGCUCUUCCAGCUAGUUCUGGGUCAGAGGGACCUGUCCCGAGCAGGAGACCUUUUCUCUCUGGAUGAUGCUGAGAUUGAGGACUAUCUGUCCCAGGCUCUGGAGGAGAUCAAGGCCAUCUCCUGCCAUCCUGAUUAUGUGAAUAAUGACAACGACCAGGCAGUGGUGGAAAUCUGCAUCACUCGCAUCACCACGGCUAUCCGGGAGACCAGCUCGAUGGAGCGGCACGGCCCGGCGCUCGUGGCUCUUUGGGAGUCGUGUCUGGAGCACAACCUGCAGCCACAGGGCAAAGACGAGGACACGCCACACUCCAAGAUCGCCUCCGACAUCACCAGCUGCAUCCUACAGAACUAUAACCGAGCGCCGAUGAUGGCCCUGGCCAUCCCUGUGGCCAUGCGCUUUCUGCAGCAGGGGAAUCGCGAGCUGAGCCGCAACAUGUCCAGCUACCUGAGCCUGGCCGCCAUCGCCAAGCCAGAGCUCCUGGUCCAGCACACCCAGGCCAUCAUUAGCAGCGUGCUGGAAGGUAACAGCAUGCUGCUGCGGGUUCUUCCCUCCGUGUAUCCUCUAGAACCAGAUCCAGUUCACCGGCACAUCCAGGACCUGGUACUAAUGAUUCCUGAGCUGGACCAGACGAGCAGACAACACUUACUCCGACUGCUUCAGAUGAUCUCUGAACAACAGCCACAGGCACUGACCUCUGUCAUCCCAUCUCUGAUUGGUCACUUGAGCGACGCCUCUUUGAAUGACGCCCUGCUCGCCACGUUGGUAAAUACAGCCCAGAUUAGCCCCGCCUCUUUCAUCCCGGUUCUCCCAGAUCUGAGAAUUGUGGGGCAGCAAACACCAGGGCUGCUGGGACAUGUAGCUAAGAUCCAUGGGUCGGUCGGUCUGACCAACACGGACCAGGCACGGGAGGCUCUACAGUACCUGGUGUGUGUGUUGGCGUGUACGGAGCACAGCGUCCAUCACACAGUACUGCUGGAGAUUCACAGCCUGACCGAGCGCUACACCUCGAUCAUUAGGGGAGGUGCUAAAGACAUCUAUCGCUCGAGCAACAGCUUCAGUGCCAUCGCACGGCUGCUGGGACUCAGGCUACAGGCGGAUACUCUACCAUCAUGCAGACAAAACAUGGAGGCUGACGAAGACCAAAGUCUGCAGGUGAAGAGAAAGGCUUUCGAGGAGAAACUAGAUGUUCAGGAGGAAGAGAAAAAGGACUCAACAGGAUCCCAAAGGUGUCCAAGCCUGGGCCAGGUGGUACAAGACGAGCACCAAGAACUCAGCUUCAAUCGGUCGAAAAGUCUGGCUCUGCAUACAGUAAAGUCACGUUUCAAUAAUCCCGACUGCAUCCAGGAUGGAGAUGUGGAACUACUCAAAGAGAACUACCUGAUUGAGGCCUCUUGCUUCCCAGAGACUUGUCCAGUAGCUUCCUCUGAUCAGGAAGAGCAUUCUGAGCACAAGAACUUGGUUUCUAAUGGGGAAGGAGGACAGAUGGACACCGUGCACCUCCAGGAAAGAGACCGGCUCUGGAAACAUCUCCGGGACCAUUUGGAGAAGAUCCGAGACUUCUGCGCAGAAAUGUUCACCCAGAUCCCGAUACCAGAGCAUUGCAUUAUUGAAGAUACCCAACAAGGCUGUGUUGCUAAACUGUCCUUCUCGUGUCCAAUAAAAGGUCAUUACUGCCUGUACGGGAAAUCUAGCUUCUUGCUGUGCAGUGGUCAGCCCCACCUCUGGAUCCACAUCAUGCUGCUCGCUCUGCAGAGCAAGGCGGAUGAAGCGCUGAGCUCUAUGGAUGGUUGUGUGCAGCAGCUUAGGAGACUUUGGGAGAAAACACAGCUUAAAGGAGCUCACAGCUUCGAGCUGGCCAUGACUCAAACUGCUGUUCCACAGAAGAAGGACGUGGACAGUCUGCAGAUUCAUCUGGAGGAGGUUCGUUUCUUUGACCUGUUUGGCUACAGUGUGGAUCAGCGAGCGUGGCUGUGCUUCAUGUGCAACAACCCGGAGAAAGCCACAGAGGUGAAUCAAGACGGCCAGCCGCUCAUCGAGGGCAUGCUGAAGGAGAAACAGGUGCGCUGGAAGUUUAUCAAACGCUGGAAAACACGCUACUUCACUCUGGCUGGUAACCAGCUCCUCUUCAGGAAAGGGAAAUCUAAGGAUGAGCUGGACAGCAACACCAUAGAGCUAAGCAAAGUGCAGAGCGUGAAGGUGGUGGCGAGAAAGCGGCGCGACCGCAGCCUGCCUCGGGCUUUCGAGAUCUUUGCGGACAACAAGACAUACGUGCUGAAAGCAGAGGACGAGAGGAAUGCGGAGGAAUGGCUGCAGUGCAUCAACGUGGCUGUAGCGCAAGCCAAAGAGCGCGAGAACCGAGAAUCUACGACGUACCUGUAGGGGGAGCAAGAGUGAACCAAGAGUCUACGACGUACCUGUAGGGGGAGCAGGAGUGAACCGAGAAUCUAUGACGUACCUGUGGGGGGAGCAGAAGUGAGCAUCAAGAGCUCUAUUAAGAACUAUUAGUACUGGUUGACACUGGUGAGAUGAGGUUUCCUGUAAAUCCUGCAACACUGGCAACCUUGUAUCCUUCAAUGUAUAUAUUGAAGAUGAUAAAAAAUCUGGCUGUGUACCUCAAACCAAAAUUGUUGUGAGGCAGAAAGAUGCCUUUUGAGGUAAAAGACGCUGUGGUUUCAAUUCCUACCCAUCAGACGGUUGAUAAACUGAAUGUCUGACCACUUGUGUUGGGUCUGCAUAUUAUAUCAAUAUUAGCCGCUAGCGGGAUCAGCGUACAGAGCUUCAACAUGAUUUCCAGGUGUAUUGUUUGUGUGUUUGUAGCUAGUAGACAUGGAAACACAUUUAAAGGGAAGAACUCAUUUUUGAGAAUGUCCAUCAGGACUUAGGAUCCUGAGUCUAGUUUUAUGAAUUACAGUAUGCUAUUCCUCUCA